UGAAACAAAAAUUUAAGUAUUAUGAUUAAAUAAAAAAAGGUACUUGUUUUAUUGAAUGGCGUCCCUUAAUCAAACAGUAGAGUUCGGCACGGGUCAGGAUUUUUAUUAUUCUCAUAAAUUACCCUGGAAGGAAUUCAGAUCCUUGGCCAUCUACAGAUCCUUGGCGAUGCUGAAAAGUUGAGUCACAAUGAAUGGAUAUAGAGAGAUUAGGAGCAAUUAAGAAUGGGGUUAUAGGAUUAACAGAAUAUCGAGGGAUAUGUGAGGUUGUGGUUUGUGGAUAUGAUAUCGAGAGCAUUUGGGAAGCCUAUAGACGAUUUGGGACUCAUAUUUUCGCACAUUUUCUACUUUGAUGGGACGAUAAAUUUCAUGGGAUGCAAGUCCUAAAGUAGUUCUAAUACAAGCAUCCCUAAAAUUAGAAUCGCGUACUUUUACACUUCUUCCCAUUUAAAUUUUUUUUUUUUCAUUAACAAAUCUUAACUUUCCAAAAAAUCUUUAUUUUACAUUACUUUUUUAUUUUUUAAUAUUUUAAAUUUCAAAUAAUUUUUACCAUUUUAAACAUUUUUUUCUUGCUUAAAAUUGAUUUAUUCAUUCAUCAAGUAUGUAUAGUUAGCAAACAAAAUUUUUCAUUCCCUCAAACAUUCACUCUUUAACAACAAUUUCCUUUUUUUCCUGUUUUUACUCACCACAAUAAAGCUCUAACUAAAAAUUUUCUCAAUCAAUUUUCUUUUAUUUUUAGUUUAAAAAUGUUUAGUCUUUUUAUUUUCGAUUUUUUUAAAUCCUAUAUUUUCCAAGGUUAACUAUAACAAUAAUAAUUUUUUCUGUUAAUUAUAAAUUAACAAAACUAUUAAAAAGCUAAUUAAUUCCUAAGGUUAAAUAGGAGGUGACGUGAUGUACAUAAUGGAUAACACAUUAGUCCAAUUUAUUUGAGAUGCUUGUGCCAAGAUAGGACAUAAGAUGACUGAGUAAAUCUCAGUCCGGGUUCUUAUAUUUUCAUUUAUGUUACAAAUUUUCAUCUUUCAGUCCGUAUCUUGGUUUUUAAUUCAUAUUUAAUUCCGUAUUUUUCGAUUGAUAGUCCAUAUAAUCCGAUCUUUUCGAACAGAAAUUUAUCGCCUCGAAUCGUUCUCGAGACAAUUCGAGCGGUAACCUUAAUUACGGGGCCUAUACAUAAUAGCAAGGAGAGAAAGGAAUUGUGUCGGUUUAUAUGGGAGGGAUACAGCUUUAGC